UAUAAGUCGUUGGGGAGGGCGAGGGCGAGGCAGUGUGAGCUUUGCCGUCGCCAGGACUCGAAGUGUGAUUAGCUCGCGUGUGUGUAGUGUGUAGUAUACCAUGGCUGCCUCUCCCUCGAGUUGUCUCUUCGUCGCCCUCGCCCUCUGCCUCGUCGGCUCGUUGCGGGCGAUGAUGCACGAGAUCCCCGUCAGGAGCUGUGAUGGAGCUACAGCACCAAGCAGCCUUAAGAUGGAAUGCACGCAGUUUAGUCGUGGGACUUGCAUACUCGAGAAAGGGCAAACGUAUAACCUUACAGCUGAGUUCACACCAGACCGAAACCUCCGCGAGGUGGAGAGCCACGCCGCCUGGAAGACGUGGGUCGAGAUGCCUCUGUAUGGGCAGGAGAGCCAAGUGUGCAAUGGCAUGUACCUCACCUGCCCACUGCGCGCGGGUCAGCUUACCAGCUUCUCGUACCCAUUCCAUGUUUACGAGUUCCUGAUGAGGCGGCGAUACCCUGUCAUCUGGCGACUGAGGGAUGUGGACAGCGAGGAGACGACGCUGUGUUUCGUUUUCAUGAUUAAAAUCUUGUAAGGAAAACGCCGACACACACUUACACGCACGCACACACGCACACAUUUAAGCUUCGGAAUGUGACAAAGAAAAAAAAAAAAAAAACCCGGUGUGGAGAGUAGUCAUUUCAAAAAAUGUGUUAAGUCGGAGAAAAAGAAAGAAAAGAGUAAAAGAUAAGGCCAGUCUACGUUUUCGAAUAAAAGAAGAAGAAGAAAAACAAAGAGAAAACGUCAUUUGCAACUUUUUGUCGAGUCAUUUCGAAAUUAUUACAGGAACAAGAAUUUAAGAAAAUGAAGUAUUAAAUAAAAAUAAAUACCGGAAUAUGGACCCACUAGUCUACUACAUAAAAUUUAAGCAUUGAAGAGAAACGAAAUCGGGAGAGAUGACGAUAAUAUUGUGAAAACAAGAAAAUGGAUGUUUCUCAAAACAAAAGAAGACGAGAAGCGAACGAACAAAUCAUACACAUGGAACACAUUAUUUAUUAACCAAACCAGUGAAGAAUUUACCGCCAAAACACGGUAUACGCUUGUAAUUAAACUUGUAUUUAAUAAAACUAAAAGCUGAA